AUGCCCGGUGAUUCUGAUGGUAGUAAAAUGGCUGCAGCUUUGGAAAAAGUCCGGAAGUUGAAUUCCUCAUACCAAGACCAAUGUAUGACCUGCGAGAACUGGAUAAAGUUGAUUAAGAAGCAUCAUCAAUGGCCUGAUGAUGUCAAGAAUCCAACCUGUUCUCUCGGACAUGGAGUGAGGACCUAUUAUAAACAACGUGGUGUGGCUGCCCAUGCCUGGUAUCCAAACCACUUUGGAUUCUACACUACCAACAAUGGUUCUUCACGGAAAGCAUACUGUUCGAUGCCACCCAACCAGUUGCCUAGCACUCCCCCUUCCAACAUCAAUUGGAAAAAAUUGUACAGCUUUGAUAUUGAUAGGACGCCCCUAACAAGGAGGCGAACGCGAAAGUAUGAUGAUGUUUUUGGAGUCGACAAGGAAAUCAAGAAUGAAGACUGGAAGAAGCCAUUCAGGAGUCCAAUACCAACAAGAAAAAGCCCUAGAAAUCAUUCAUCCUCUCCUAGCUUACUAUUUUCAACAUUAGUCUCGCCUCCCCAAGGAAGUAUAGCUAGUAGUAGUGGAACCAACAGCAACUGCAAUGAUAUUAGCGAAGAUGCGGCUGCCCCGACCAACUACGCCACUUGGGUCUACUGGACAUCAUCAGAAGCAGCGAGAGAAUUUGGACUUAUAAAACCUUCUCGUGGUGAAGACAAUGAAGAAAUUACUGAUGUUGUAUUGGGAAGGAUUGAGAAGGUGAAGGCUGCAUGGCAAGAACCUCGAGGCUGGAGAAAGGUUAUUGAAGAUGUGGAUUCACAGGACCUGUACACUGUAACGGAUGUAUUCAAGCUGAGAUUGACAUGCCAAUAUUUGAUCAAAGCUCUGGAGAUUGCUAUUAGAGAUAUGAAUGAAGUAAACAUGACCUGGCAGAAGUGUUGCAAGGCAGCAAUUGAAGAGAUCAGCAAGUGUGAUAACUGGAAGUAUAUCAAGGACUCGCGAACCAUAACGUUGUGGCACCGCCAAUUCCGAAUGAACAAUGAGUGCUUCAAGAACAAGCACCUAGCAAGUACCAAUGAAGACAAGGCUAGAGUCUCCCACCUUUUUGAUUUCUUUCCCCUGGCAAAGGACAGCUUAAAAGCAUUCAUCCGAGCAAACCUGCAUCAUUUGACGACCAAGCAAGUCUGUAUUGAGUUGCAAGACCGCAUCCUCCCACAGUGUGCAGCUUUACGAAAAGAUGAGCUUGUCCAGGGAGGAGUUCUGCACGCUAAUGAAAAGUAUGAGAGCCAACAAUUACUUGAAGAGUUGAAGAUUCCCAAGCUUUCAAUACCUACAGUCUACCGGUGGAUGCGGAGGCUCAGAUACAAGUACGAAGUUCGCAAGAAGUGUUACUAUGUGGACAACCAUGAGAAACCAGAGAACAAGAGGUACAGGAAGAAGUUUAUCAAAAGGUAUCUAACGUUAGAGCUACGGGUGUAUCGGUGGAUCCAGUUCUCAGAUGCCGAGUAUAAUGGAUUCUGUUCUGAGAACUGCAAAUUGGAAGAGCAACUGAAGAGCAAGGGUUUCCGAUAUUGCAAUGAUGACCCAAAGAAUUGCACCUUGACAACAGAUCGCAUUGAAUUUCAUGUGGAUGACCAUAAUAAGUUUUGGAAGAAGAUGCUGAAUGAUAAGGUGAAGUUUGGCAGGAACAUGUCGGUUUGUGCUCGGGGCGAGAAACCACUGAUCUGCUUUGGUCAGGAUGAAUGCAUCAUGAAGCAGUACUUGUUUACCAACAAAGCUUGGGCGACACCAGAAGGAACUCGGUCCUUGACACCAAAGGAUGAAGGAAUGGGAUUGAUGAUAUCCGCAUUUGUAUCGUGA